GGCGGCGGAGGCGCGCGGGGUCCGCAGCGCGGCCAUGGGGCGGAAGCUGGACCCGAGCAGGAAGGAGAAGCGCGGCCCCGGGCGCAAGGCCCGCAAGCAGCGCGGGGCCGAGGUGGAGCUGGCCCGCUUCCUGCCGCCAGAGCCCGAGAGCGGCAGGAAGAAGCUCUCCAGUCACGGCAGAAGGAGGGCUGCGAAGAGGCGGCUGGGAGCGGGCGGCGGCCCGGCCGGGAGGAGGCCGCUCGGAGGAGGAAGAGGAGGAGGAGAGGGAGAGCGGGAGCCCACAGUUGAAGAGCAGCUGUCCCCACAGAAGGAGAAAUGUGCUGUAAAGGCAGCAGGACAAGCUGCCCGUGGCCGUUCUGGCUUCAGUGAUAGCAACUCCAAGUGGCUGGCUCCAGCCAAAGCCAAGAAAACCCAGCCUAAAGGAAACCAUGUGGAGUUAUCCAGUGAUGGUGAGGUGGAAGAGGGCUGGGAGAUGGAGGAGGAGGAGGAUGGGAGCAGCGAGGAGAUGGUGGAUGAUUAUGGUGCCUCAUCAUCUGAGGAAGAAGAGCUGCUGCCUAUUGAAAAAGCUGCCCUGAAGCAGAAGCCUGAGAGGGAAGGCCUCAGUGAAGAUGACAGCGAUGAGGAAGAGGAGGAGGAAGAUGAAGCAGAGGAGGCAAGCAAGCAGAAAAUGGGACAGAAGGAGGAAGAGGGCCCAGAUCUGCAGCUCAACCUGGAUAUAGAUGAACAGUUUAAACUGCCAACUAGUGAAGAGAUUGAGAAGGAGGCUGCAGAGCCCCCUGACCUGCACGUCAUUCACCAGCGCAUCCAGGGCAACAUGGAGGUGCUGCAGGACUUUGGGGCGAAGCGGGAGGAGGGCCGCUCCCGGCAGGAAUACCUCGCGCUGCUGCGCCGCGACAUGGCCGCCUACUACUCCUACAGCGACUUCCUGCUCGCCAAGCUCAUGGACAUCUUCCCUCUCCCUGAGCUGGUAAACUUCCUGGAGGCUAACGAGGUUCCGCGCCCUGUCACCAUUCGCACCAACACGCUGAAGACGCGGCGGCGGGACCUGGCCCAGGCUCUCAUCAACCGUGGUGUGAAUCUUGACCCCCUGGGGAAGUGGUCCAAAACAGGACUUGUGAUUUAUGACUCCACUGUGCCCAUCGGUGCCACCCCAGAGUAUCUGGCCGGACACUACAUGCUGCAAGGAGCCUCCAGCCUUCUCCCUGUCAUGGCGCUGGCUCCACAGGAGAACGAGCGCAUCCUGGAUAUGUGCUGUGCCCCAGGAGGCAAGACCAGCUACAUAGCUCAGCUUAUGAAGAACACAGGGAUGAUCCUGGCUAAUGACAGCAGUGCCGAGCGGCUCCGGAGCGUGGUAGGGAAUUUGCACCGCCUGGGAGUCACCAACACUGUUGUGAGUAACUGCGAUGGACGCCAGUUCCCCAAGGUUCUUGGAGGGUUUGACCGUGUCUUGCUUGAUGCUCCUUGUAGCGGAACAGGCGUCAUUUCCAAGGAUCCCGCUGUCAAAACCAACAAGGAUGAGAAGGAUAUCCUGCGUUGUGCCCACCUGCAGAAGGAGCUGAUUCUUAGCGCCAUAGAUUCAGUCAAUGCUGCCUCAGAGACAGGGGGCUACAUUGUCUACUGCACUUGCUCCAUCAUGGUGGAGGAGAACGAGUGGGUUGUGGAUUAUGCUCUGAAGAAACGCAAUGUCCGUUUGGUGCCCACAGGCCUGGACUUUGGCAAGGAGGGCUUCACUAGGUUCAAGGACCGCCGCUUCCACCCGUCCCUCAAGUGCACGCGACGUUUCUACCCGCACACGCACAACAUGGAUGGGUUCUUCAUCGCCAAGUUCAAGAAGUUCUCCAAUGCCAUCCCGCAGGCACAGAAAGAUGAAGAGCCUGCUGUGGAAGCCGCAGCUCUGUCCGCUGUCCCUGAUACCGUCGUCACGGAGCCUCCACCAAAAAAGAAGAAACUUGAGGGCUCAAAAGCUGACAAAGAGCAGAAGCUGCCCCAGUCUGCUUUGAAGAAGAAACUUGAGGGCUCAAAAGCUGACAAAGAGCAGAAGCUGCCCCAGCCUGCUUUGAAGAAGAAACUUGAGGGCUCAAAAGCUGACAAAGAGCAGAAGCUGCCCCAGCCUGCUUUGAAGAAGAAACAUUCAUUGCAAGCACAGAGGAGACCCUUGAAGGCUGCCCGGCCUUCUCCCAAAAUGAUGCGGCCUAAAGUCCCUACCAGGAAGAAGAAGCAUAGAGUGAAAGCGAAUGGACAGUGAGAGGAACUGCUUCUCCACGUGUUGGUCCCUUCCUUGGAGAGCAAAGGCUGCUGCAGCUCUGUGUGUACCCCCACUUUGCUGCUCUGUGCAGAUCAUCUUGCAGCUCUGAGCACCUGGGACAAUGACAGCCCCCUUUGCUCCUUUCCCUUUGCAUCAAGGACUGAUGCACUGACCCAUUAAAAGUUUUAUACUCUUGCUCAA